CUAUCGAUCCGUGCCCCGCCCCCGCUUUCCCAACCGGACGGACCCGCGCUCCCCGUCAUCACCACCCGGUUCGUGUAGCCAAGCUCACUACUUCACUUUUGAUCGUAGUUGAUCUAUAGGCAGUUUUCCCGUGUGCGUUUCUUCUUAUUUUUUUUUCCCCAAUUUUUUUUCCACAGGCGAUUCCCCCCUCAUGCACUUCCUACCGUCAUAAUUCGUCGUGUCCGCCGUCGCCGCGUGAAUCACCAACCAUUGCCCCGCGAAAACAAAACCGUUUCGUCGCGCGUACGACAACCAACGCCGUCACCCUAAUCAUCCCCGAUAAAGGUCUGUUGUUGUCGUCGUCGUCGUCGUCGUCGUCGUCGUUGUCGUCGCCGCCGCCGCCGCAACCACCGCCUGUGAAACAGGACCAUAGCAAUAGCAGCAGUAGUAGCGGCAGUAGCAGUGGCUGUAACAACAACAACAACAACAACAACAGCACCACCAGUAGCCGUCGACACCGCCGCCUCCUCCUCCGUACGCCUUACGCGAUUAACGCGGUGCCGACCUCAGCAGCGGCAUCAGCAACAGUAACAACUAAAACAGUCCCCUCAACGAACGCCAAAAUGGAGCCACAAGACACCAGCAUGACGAACUUGAUAAUCAACUACCUACCGCAGUCGAUGACCGACAAAAAACUACACCAAAUGUUCACCCAGAUCGGACAAAUCGAAGCGUGUCGGGUGAUGAAAGACGUCAAAACUGGUUAUAGUUUUGGUUUUGGCUUUGUCAACUUUGUUCGUCCUGAAGAUGCUUCUAGAGCUAUUGAAGUGAUGAACGGUCUCCAAGUUGAAAAUAAACGUUUAAAAGUAUCUUAUGCUCGACCUGCUGGAGAAGAUAUCAAAGAUACAAACCUUUAUGUUCAAAAUUUACCAAGAUCAAUAACAGAGAGAGAACUUGAAGAUUUAUUUGCUCCUUAUGGUCAAAUUGUUCAAAAAAAUAUACUUAAAGAUAAAUACAGUGGACUUCCCAGAGGAGUAGCUUUUGUUCGUUACAACAAAAAAGAAGAUGCCCAGAAAGCAAUUAUUCAACUAAAUGGUGUUUUAUUGGAAGGAUGCACAGAGCAUCUAUCAGUAAAAAUAGCAGAGGAACACGGCAAACAGAAAGCAGCUUAUUUGGCUGGUCUGCAAACCGGUUUAGCGCACAGAGGGGCUAAAAAUCCACAAAUCAUGUACCAAUUAGUCAGAGCUAAUCAUGUUAUUGACAAGUAUCCCAAUCCAAUGUUGCAACAUGUUGAAAGACCUACAAUUGGUGCUAUGCACCAAGAUAGGGCUAGUUAUCGCCAUACAAAYGUUGGUUUGUUUCCACUGCCACUUAGCUACAAUGCCGGCAUUGGUAAUGGGAACAUGUAUUAAUAUGCAUUACUUUUCCACAAUACAUUUGUACAGAUUUUAGGUUUUUUUCUUUUUAAUGUAAAUUAAAUUAAUAUAAUAUAUAUAUUUAUAUCCAGUCUCCAUAAUUUAAAAUUGCUCGAUACAUUUUAUGAAAUGAAAACAAAAAAGAUCGUUGUAGAUUUCUUCUAUAUUUAGUCUAGAAAUUGUAUUGUAAAUAACUUCAAGUAACAAAUAAAGUAUGUUAUGAUUCUUUGGAAUAUUGAUAAAAACUCAUAACAUUAACUUUGAUAUUAUUAUCCUUUUAUAUGAUAAUUAAUUAUCUUAAUUAGUCUAAAAUAUAAGUAUGCAUGUGUGCCUAUAUUUGAUGUUUUUCUACGGUAAUGUUUUUUAAAUAAAAUAACUUGUCUGUAUAUAUAACAUUGAUCA